AUACCUCGGCCGCGUCGUACGUGCUGCGCUCCGACAUUGAGCACUCGUUACGUUACAGGCACACAUGUUCGGGCACCGGUGCUCGUGCUGAGCCGCCUACGACGAAAGACACCGACCCUCGUCACCAUGCCGGCUGAAGAAGAUCCCGUCGCCAUGGAGGACCGAGGGACUCCCCAACAGUUCUGCCUGCGAUGGAACAAUUAUCAGAGCAACUUGACCAGCUGUUUCGAUCAGCUGCUACAGACGGAACUUUUCGUCGAUGUGACCCUUGCUUGCGAGGGACAGAAACUGAAAGCGCACAAGCUGGUGCUGUCGGCCUGCAGCCCGUACUUCCAGGAGUUGCUCACCGACAACCCGUGCCAGCACCCGAUCAUCAUAAUGAACAACGACAUUAAAUACUGUGACUUGAAGGCGGUGGUGUACUACAUGUACCGCGGUGAGAUAAACGUGUCCGAGGACCAGAUCCCGGCUCUGUUGAAAGUGGCCGAGGCGUUGAAGAUCCGCGGCCUCACGGACGUGAAUGCGUCGUCGACUCUGGUCGGCGCCGAGGCGCGAGCCAGCAAGCGCGCCGCAAGUCGCGAGCGGUCCCCUGGGCGAGCCCGACGCCGCCUCUCGGAAAGUCGCGGGCGACGCGCCUCCACCCCAAGUCCCGCUCCGAGCGCCGAGCCCGCCGCUGCAGCCGCACCGCCCGCUCCGCCUGCUCCGCCGAUGCCGCCAGACGACGCCGACAUCCGUCCUGGCAUCGCCGAGAUGAUCCGCGAAGAAGAAAGGGUACAUGCCUAUUGGUAUCAGCAGGCUCGCCUCAUUGAGAACUCUCACGCUUGGCUUGGACCAUCCACUUCGGCUUUGGCAGACAGCUACCAAUACCAGCUGCAGUCGAUGUGGCAAAAAUGCUGGAACACCAACCAGAACUUGGUACACAACCUGCGUUUCCGCGAACGCGGUCCUCUCAAGUCCUGGCGGCCAGAAACUAUGGCUGAGGCCAUUUUCUCUGUGCUGAAGGAGGGCUUGUCUCUCUCCCAAGCGGCUAGGAAGUACGACAUCCCGUACCCGACGUUCGUGCUGUAUGCCAACCGCGUCCAUAACAUGCUCGGACCCAGCGCCGAUGGUGGAGCAGAUCUGCGACCAAAAGGACGCGGUCGCCCACAAAGGAUUCUGCUGGGCGUCUGGCCCGACGAACAUAUCCGUGGAGUUAUCCGCGCGGUCGUAUUCCGCGACACGCAGGCACCGCACGCUAAUCCUCAUCAUCUCCGCGAACUAGAGCUGCCGACGUACCCUGCCAUCACGGAUGGAUCACCGACACCGGCUGCAUAUACCGCGGUGGGGGUCGGCAAUGGACGCGAAGAGCGCGUGUCUCCAAAUGUUGCCGCCGCCGCCGCCGUAGCCGCCGUGGCCCAUGGGCUGCGCCGUCAGAUGUGCAACAUGGUGGUGGCGGCGCAGCGCCCACAGGACCAGCCGCCACUCGGCCUGCCUCCGCUGCCAAUGCACUCACCGCGGCUGCCGUCACCGCUCUCCGCGAGCCUGGAAUCACCAAUGUGCUCCCCGAGCCAGACGCUCGAGGCCGCGAAGCCCGCCGAUCCAUUCCGCCCGUUCAUAUCGCCCCGACCUGAAAGUCGCUAUGCAGAACGCGACAUUAUCCCGGAAAUGACCGAUAUGGGACCGCCAAAGACACCGGUGCCGACUCGGAACGGACAGGCCGCCGGUGCUAUGGAGCUGGAUGGCUCCGAUGACCGUUCCGACAUGAUAUGAAGCGAGGCUGCGGGCGCGCCGGCUCCACAGACGCUGCCGCCGCCGCCGCCGCCGCCCGCUUACCGCUACUUCGUCCCGAACACUCACUCCGUGCGUUACUACUAAACGUGGAACGAUUUCUAUCGACCGCGUUCAAAUAAUUUUAGCUCUGAGAAACUUGAAAAGCUUCGAUCAAAUAAAUAAUCAUAAAAUAGUUGCACGCGGUCGUUUGAAAUUUUUUCGCAGGGAGCUCAUAAUGAACACCCAAGAAUUCCCACGAAACCUUCUUCAAAUUAUAUGUGUGCGUUUAAUAUGAACCUAAUAGAAAGAACACAAACUUGCGGACGCCAUCUCAAACGAGAGAAUUAUAAAGACAUUGUGUUUAUCAAAAAAUAAACAUUGAGCUUCUUGUGAAAAACGAAAAAAGUUGCUGACGGCAAAAUAUGACAAGCUGCUUAUUCAGAGAUACAUACACUUGGUAUACUAUAUUCGCUGUGUAGUAGUCUUUAAUGUUUAGUUUUAUUUAUCGGUGUGUGUUUGUUGAGAUGCCGCCAGCAAUUUAAUUAUUUCGGACAUGACGUGAAUUGAUGUGAUUGUAUGUGAAGCAACAUUCCGGCCACAGGUGGCGCUGAUCUGGGACGCGAGGGAUUCGAACAGCUCGGAAUCCCGGAAUGCAAUUAAUUAAAAUUAUGUUUACAAUUUAAUUUUUUACGUUUUAUUUCGAUUAAGCAUUAUUCAGACGUGCAAUAUGCUUGUUUUUAUUUCUUUAAAUCGUUUUGAGUACUUGUACAAUAAAGCGAGUCUCAUUAGUAUCGCAGUAAUUAAAUAUGAUUUUUUUUAUUGUACGGAGUGAAUAGCUGUAUUUGUUAUUCUUAUUACAAAUUUAUUUAUUUUAAAGUUUAUUACGAUAAAUUCGAGUUUAGUUCCAGUGUCCGAGGUGGAUAACAUAUUUUCCAGUGGCUAUUGUUAAGCGACUAUUCACUCUGUAGUGUGUUGGUAUACGUGAUGACCUAAAUGUGUAGAAGCACACAUACAUACACGUGCAUACAUAAUAUAUUUCUAUUCGUGUAAUAUGUAGCGUUUAAUGUUUUAAGAUUAAAUUAUAAAUGUUACAAAUAUAGAAUCAUCUGUGAAUGUGUAGAUAUGUCAAAAUUAUAUUAUUCGGCCCGAUUCCAAAAGACUGUUUGGUAUACCUAAAGUUUCAAAGAGAUCCCCCUUACGUGUACGUGUGUAAGAAUUUAAUAUUAAAUUAACUUUAGAUGUGUGUAAAUUGAUGUGUAAUUGUUUCUUUCUUCAAACGAAUAUCCGUUUGUCUUUAGCGGUAAUGAAUGUACUCUGCUUGAUCUUAGUGGUAUCGAUGUUAGCGCUCCGUUAUCGAUUCAAUAAUCGUGUCGUAUAUUUCGAUAUGCAUCUGAUAGAACAAUCACCGUAGUAUUAUAAUCCGCGUACACUUCCCGGUCGUUGCGAUGUCUUAAUUGUAGGGGUCGAUGUGAUCGCUCGCCAGUUUUUAGUAUUAUCGAUACGAUGUGCAAUCGGCACGGUGGCUUACUCCGACAGCGCUAACUCAGUCCACAAGUCCGGCUCCGGCUGUAGUCGCCUCUGGCAAUACAUUCGAGUGGGCUUACUGAUCGCCAAAUGUAUAGUUGUAUCCUUAGCCAAUAGCGUUCGUUCCAAAUGUUAGCCUAAAUACAAAGAUAUCGCGGAGCUUCGCUUUUCAUUAAAAUAUCAAUAUGUCUCGAUCUUCAAGAGAGCUAUAUACAGUUUCAAAUAGUUAGUCUGAUAAAGUGCACUGUCGUCUCCGUCAGCGUUUAUUUUCAAAUCAUAUAAAUUAUAAUAGUAUUUUGAAUAAUUACAUUGGACACAUAUUAUAUAAAUGGCACACAUGUGUCGCAGCGUUUUAGGAAUAUUAAACGUAAUGCUUUCGAUGUGUUUGUCCGUAAACGUUAAAAUAUGAUAUUUUAAUUAAAUAAUCAGCAUUAUAGUCGUGUCUGCUCCGCGUUAGUUUUAGAAGCACCUUAAUCGCCAAAACUGAAUGUAACGUCAUUCAGGCGUUUUGGUCUAAUACCUAAGCGUAGAUAGGUUUAACAUUUCAAUCUAAUUAGAUUAGCUGUGUUGCUGUGUGUAGUGGCGGCGGUCCGCACCGUCGCAGGGCGUAAUUGGAACUAUUCAUUAUUAUGUACAAAUUUGUUUUAUGAAUAUCUUCCCCGAUUCUAAGAUUGUUUUAAAUGUUUCGGUGAAAAAUAAAUAUACAUUCUUGCCGCAAGGGUAUACCAUCUAGAUAUUGUUGGCAAAGAUCGUUGGCAUUUUAAUAUUUAAUAUAUUGUGUUGUGGGGAGGGUGUCGAUUCGUUGGCUCCCGGGUAAGUCUCGUCGCAUACGCAUGUACUAGCAUGUUUAUAAUAAGUCUCCAAGUGGCCUUGAUACUUCAUUAUUAUUUUGGUAUUCGCAUUACUUGAUUCGGUUAAAGUUUGGAACUAGUGUAUAAAAAAGACCAAAUUAUUUAAAAAAGAAUUAAUUGAAAAUUAAAUUAACCGCAAUUCAGGUCAAGAACAAGCACUGAAUGUAUUUGGCUACGCGUUUUGAAAUGUGAAGAUGAAUUCCUAAAUUAUUGAAAAUAUUAUAUGGCCUAUACGUUUCGGAUGAAUUGCGUAAUUAUUGGUAAAUGUUACUACGCAUAUUUUCUAUUGUAUAAGUCUAGGCUAAUGUGUUCAAAAAGGAAAAUUAAAAUUUAAAAUUUUUGAAAAGUAGAAAGUGCCUUCCAAAAUUUUUGACCACAGUAAGUGUUGGGAUAUGUGCGGCGAAGGUAGGCAGAAGGCGAGCAGUGGCAGCAGACGGUGCGUGGCGUGGCGUGUCGCGAUAUGCCGCGACGCAACGUGACGUGACAUGACGGGUGGUGGCGCGUGGCGCUAAACACUAUGCCAGCGUAAACAAAAUAAGGCGUCGAGCUGCUGCCACUAGUCCGCUUAAAACGUGCUUGACUAAGAGUUAGGAUAUUUAAAAUUCAAAAUUAUUAUAUGAAAAUUAAAUACAUAUGACUAUUAUAUAGAAAAAUAUAUAAAUUAAUAUAUAUUUAAAUAUGUAUUCGGCCGAUGUGGUAAUACCCUGAGAGGCAAGUAUUUGUUGAGAUAUUCGGCGUCAAAAAUGUAUUUUCAUAUUGUUUAUUUAUUUCAAAGUUAAUUACUAAAAUCCAUUGGAAUACAGACAUAGCAAAGUGCCAUUCGAAGAACUGUGUUUACGGUCAGUUCAUAUAUUUCGUAUCGCAAUGUGGAUUUUGUAGUUGUAAUUUAUUUAUGAAUGUAUUAGCUGACAUUUAUUUCGCGAUAAAUGAUUAUAAUACGAUAGUAUUACUGCAUACCUAAAGAGGCGGUUUUGGUCUGUAAUAAUUAAUAUUAAAUACAAUUAUAUUUUUUUAGAAAGUUAAUUUUAUUACGUAUGAUUACUGGCGAUUCACACUGUGUGUUUUAUCCACAUGACAAAAAUAUUCUCAUUUCCUUAUACUGUAUGUGAUAAAUGUAUUUUAAAAAAUAAUGAUCUAAUGUUUGUUUUACGUGAUUAUAUUUUUUUUGUAUUUCCUAGUAAAUAUUCAUUUUAUAAUAUUUAUAUUUUUUGUUUAGUUUAAUUAAUUAUACGCCGUGACGGGCUCAAAAUAUUUUAAUGUAUCAAACCUGCCCGCGUAGUCUAAAUGUUAUUACCAAAAAGUUAUAUUAUAAUACGAUCUUGUGAACUUGAUGACUGUUUAGUUAUGUAGUAAUGUUGGUGGGUAUCCUAAGGUAUUGUAAUGUAAGUAUUACCAUUGCUUUCGGCUCUCAGGAAAAUAUUGCAUUUGACAUGAAUGUUUUAUCCACCAAAGCCUAUUGUGAAUCUAUAGUGAACUUUCCUUUAACAAUCGUAAAUGUAACUAAAUAUAAUAUAAUAUGAAUAUCACUUCAAUGUUUCUAGAUGUCAAUCUUAAUGUGUGUUUAGAUCAAAGAUUAGCUGUAAUAAAAUGUUUAGAUUCAGAAUAGGCUGUAUUGUUUAUGUCGCCCCUGUGACUACAAUGUCACUAAGCAUUUUGGCGACAACAUUAUAAUAUUUCUCCCUUUUAAAUGUCGUGAGCAGUUCGUAUUAAACAAGACUCAUAUCAACAUUUCAACAGAUUAUGUAGCUCAUGAUUUUGUGUUUCAGUAUUAUAAAUUUUAAGUUUUUGGCGGAACACUGAGAUAUUAAGAGAUCUUGUAUUGCAAUCUCACGGUACAUAUGUUAUAGGGGUCACAAAAACAAAUUCAGAUUACAGUCUACUUAUUCAUUAAUGUUAGAUUUAAUUUAAUGUAUAAAAUAAAUGUUAGUUCAAGAUAAUGAGUCGUACAUCGUGCGCGCGCUUGUGUUGUCGGGACGCGGCGUUGUCACGCGUGCGGACGGAAUCCCUUACUGAGUUACUGUUGCUUAAGAUUAUCCUUUUUCUUUAUUAAUAUAUCACAUUGUGUUCCUGAUUAAACAUUUUGUUAUGUAUAAUAGUUGGUAAAUUAUGUUUAGUUGCAGUAAUGUAAGCAAGCUGCAUGUGUAUGAUGGAACAUUUUUUUCAUUAAUACUUAUAUUUACUGCUGUGUAUCAAUGUAUGGCUGUAGUUGACGUUAUUGAUGUUAAUUUUAAACUAAUAAUCGACUAAAUGUUAAUGUAAUACCGUAAUUAUUAAAUUCUAUAACGUGAGAUAAAUGUUUGAUAGCAGUGUUUUGUCAAGUACAACUUCUUACGAUUGGUGUUUCAAUAUGAUUAGUUGAUGUUCUAUAAUAAUUUACAAUAUCCGUAAUAGCGAUUGUUUCAUUGACGAUCGAUUAUUUAAAUUAUUAUUGUGUAUCUAACUGUCUCAAUUUAUUAUUACCUAUUUAAGUUUGUUAUCAUCACAUUGUCGGAUUGAAUACAAUAAAUAUACAAAUAGAGCAAAAAAAAA